GGAAGGUGGUGACAUGCGGCUGUCGUGGGCCGCCGCCGUGUCCCACGGCCGUGUGUUCCGCCGCCUGGGUCUCGGUCCCGAGUCCCGCAUCCACCUGCUGCGGAACUUGCUCACGGGACUGGUGCGACACGAGCGCAUCGAGGCGUCAUGGGCGCGCGUGGACGAGAUGAGGGGCUACGCGGAGAAGCUCAUCGACUAUGGAAAGCUUGGGGACACCAACGAACGAGCCAUGCGCGUGGCUGACUUCUGGCUCACGGAGAAGGACUUGAUUCCAAAACUGUUUAAAGUGCUGGCCCCUCGGUUCCAGGGUCAGAACGGGGGCUACACGAGAAUGCUGCAGAUUCCAAAUCGGAGGGAGCAGGAUCGGGCCAAGAUGGCAGUGAUCGAAUAUAAAGGGAACUGUCUUCCACCCCUGCCUCUUCCUCGCCGAGACAGCAACCUUACACUCCUAAACCAGCUGCUGCAAGGGCUGCGGCAAGACCUCCAUCAGAACCCGGAAGCAAGCCUCCACAGCUCCCACACGGUUCAGACACCAAAGACUUAAUGAGCAUUCGUAAUGGGGCCCAGAGCUUUCUGCAAAAGCAGAUGGCCCUCUCUGUACAAUAGAUAAAAUUUCUUAUGUGAAUAUAUGUAUAUAUAAAUUUUCUUCCCCUAUGAUUUCUGGAACAUAAGAACUAUCCAAAUGUCCUGUCUGCCUAGGAUAGUAAAUUCAUAGCACAUUUCUGGUUCUUACAUCUGGGUUUCAUUUGAUCCUCACAGUUUUUGCUGUUUUGUUGGGCAGGGGGAGAUUUUGCUUUGUAGCCCAGGCUUCCUUCAGACAUGCUCUAAUCCUCAUGCCUCUGCCUCCUGGGUGCUUCGAUUGCAGGUGUAUACCACCAUGCCCGCUGACCUUUUGCUUUGCUUUGUUUUUUGUGUUUUUUUUUUAACUUUUAUUGGAAACUUCCAUAAAUAUAAAAAAUAUUCCAGGAUUAUUCCCUCCCACAACCCUCUCAGAUUUCCCCUCCACUAAAUCUUUUCUUUCCAACUAGUCUCUCUUUUGUUUGAGUUUUGUGUUUCCUUUUUAAGGAGGGGGUUUCCAGGUAUGGUCUUGCCUAGGAUGAUAGAGAACUCCAAUCCUCUGCCUUCCGCGUGCUGGAAUUAAAAGUGUACACUGCCGUGCCCA